UGAACGCUUGGGCCCACCCAAAAAUCCUAAAACGAUUAUUUAACUGUUUCACGGACCUGGGCAAGUUUAUUCGCACCGGACCUCGGCAAGCAAUGAAGAUGCAAUCUUAAACCGUUAGACAUUAACCUAAAGUACAUAGACAUAGACACACCCGUUUCUGAAUCAAGGCUGCAGAUAUUCUUAACAAGAUAUUCUCCAGAUUUCAAGUAUUUUUGAGAUUGGCAAUUGGGGUAUUUUGUUGGAUCACACACAAUGAGCUGGUAUUCGUGGUGGUGGACAGGUUCGAUUGGUCCUAGAGAGAGGAGAGUCGAGCAAAAUGUUGAAAACUUGGAAGUCAAGUCUGAGAAGCAAAGAGUAGCCCUGGUUAUAGGAAUCACAGGAAUUGUAGGUAAUAGUUUGGCAGAAAUCUUACCUUUGCCUGAUACUUCUGGUGGACCUUGGAAAGUUUACGGUGUUGCUAGGAGGCCUAAGCCAGAGUGGGCUGAAGACACUCCAGUACAGUACAUACAAUGUGAUGUAUUAAACAGAGAAGAAACCUUAGAAAAGAUUUCUGCCCUGAAGGAUGUAACUACUCUUUUCUGGGUUUGUUGGGUUAAUAGACAGACAGAGGAGCAGAAUUGUGAAGACAAUGGAAGGAUGUUCAUUAAUGUUUUAGAUGCACUACUGCCUAAUGCUAAGAGUCUCAAGCACAUUUGUCUUCAGACUGGUGGGAAGCACUACAUAGGCCCAGCUGCUAGUGGGGCAAGGAAUCGAAAUAUCCAGCCUCAUGAAUCACCAUAUCAUGAAGAGCUACCUAGGCUCCCUGGGCCUAAUUUCUACUACACUCUUGAAGAUAUACUAUUUGAUGCUGCUAAGAAGAAGAAACGAUUAACUUGGUCCAUUCACCGCCCUACAGUCAUAUUUGGCUUCUCUCCUUGGAGCCUGAUGAACAUCAUUGGUACUUUGUGUGUCUAUGCUGCCAUUUGCAAAUAUGAGGGGCUUCCUUUCAAAUUCCCAGGCAGUAAAAACGUGUGGGAACAGCUUGUGGAUGCAUCUGAUGCUGAAUUGAUUGCGGAACAAGAAAUUUGGGCUUCUACAAAUCCUUAUGCAAAGAACCAGGCUUUCAAUUGUGCCAAUGGAGAUGUGUUCAGAUGGAAAAAGAUGUGGAAAUUAAUGGCAGAAAAAUUUGAACUGGAAGUGUUAGCAUAUGAAGGAGAAGGUUUUAGCCUGACUGAAGCAAUGAAAGACAAAUCUCUUGUUUGGGAUGCCAUUGUGAAAGAAAAUAAUCUAUGCCCCACAGAAUUUGAAGAAGUUGGAAACUGGUGGUUUGCAGAUCGUAUACUAAAUGCUCCCUCUGAGAAUGUAAAUAGCAUGAACAAAAGCAAGGAACAUGGUUUUUUUGGGUUUCGCAAUUCAGAAUCUUCCUUCUUGUCGUGGAUUGACAAAAUGAAGGCCUCAAGAAUUAUUCCAUAGUAUUGAUCAGUAUGCAUCCAACUUCCGAUACUUCAGGAGUACAAGUGAGUGGCCCUGAGUGAGCUACAAUGUAUGUUUAUGUAUAAAGUUGCAUUGUUGCUUCUGUACCAUAAAAUAUAUGUUUUUUAUUGAAGAAUAAGUUACCAUCUUAUUCUAAUGUUAGCUAUUUCUGUUUUGAUAUAUUAACAACGCCGAUUUUCUUUUGGCAACUUCAUUUGUUUUAAAAAUCGAAGGCUCUAUAAUUAGCACUCAUUGUGAAUGUUUA